GGAGGAAAUGGAGAGGAUGGCAGGGGGAAAGGGAGAGGAGGGGAGGGGGAAAGGGAGAGGAGGGCAUGGGGAAAAGGGAGAGAAGGGCAAGGGGAAAGGGAGAGAAGGGCAGGGGGAAAGGGAGGGGAAGGCAGGUGGAAAGGGAGAGAAGGGCAGGGGGAAAGGGAGAGAAGGGCAGGCGGAAAGGGAGAGGAAGGGAGGGAGAAAGGGAGAGGAGGGCAGGGGGCAGGGGAGAGGAGGGCAGGGAGAAAUGGAGAGGAGGGCAGGGGGAAAGGGAGAGGAGGGCAGGGGGAAAGGGAGAGGAGGGCAGGGGGAAAGGGAGAGAAGGGCAGGGGGAAAGGGAGAGAAGGGCAGGGGGAAAGGGAGAGAAGGGCAGGGGGAAGGGAGAGAAGGGCAGGGGGAAAGGGAGAGGAAGGCAGGGGGAAAGGGAGAGAAGGGCAGGGGGAAAGGGAGAGGAAGGCAGUGGGAAAGGGAGAGAAGGGCAGGGGGAAAGGGAGAGAAGGGCGGGGGGAAAGGGAGAGGGGGCAGGGGGAAAGGGAGAGGAGGGCAGGGAGAAAGGGAGAGGAAGGCAGGGGGAAAGGGAGAGGAUGGCAGGGGGAAAGGGAGAGAAGGGCAGGGGGAAAGGGAGAGAAGGGCAGGGGGAAAGGGAGAGGAAGGGAGGGGGAAAAGGAGAGGAGGGCAGGGGGAAGGGGAGAGGAGGGCAGGGAGAAAUGGAGAGGAGGGCAGGAGGAAAUGGAGAGGAGGGCAGGGGGAAAGGGAGAGGGGGGCAGGGGGAAAGGGAGAGAGGGCAGGGCGAAAGGGAGAGGAAGGCCGGGGGAAAGGGAGAGGAGGGCAGGGGGAAAGGGAGAGGAGGGCACGGGGAAAGGGAGAGGAGGGCAGGGGGAAAGAGAGAGGAGGGCAGGGGGAAAUGGAGAGGAUGGCAGGGGGAAAGGGAGAGGGGGGCAGGGGGAAAGGGAGAGAAGGGCAGGGGGAAAGGGAGAGAAGGGCAGCGGGAAGGGGAGAGAAGGGCAGGGGGAAAGGGAGAGGAAGGGAGGGGGAAAGGGAAAGGAGGGUAGUGGGAAGGGGAGAGGAGGGCAGGGGGAGGGAGAGGAGGGCAGGGGGAAAGAGAGAGGAGGGCAGGGGGAAAUGGAGAGGAUGGCAGGGGGAAAGGGAGAGGGGGGCAGGGGGAAAGGGAGAGAAGGGCAGGGGGAAAGGGAGAGAAGGGCAGGGGGAAAGGGAGAGAAGGGCGGGGGGAAACGGAGAGGAGGGCAGGGGGAAAGGGAGAGGAGGGCAGGGGGAAAGGGAGAGGAGGGCAGGGGAAAGGGAGAGGAGGGCAGGGGGAAAGGGAGAGAAGGGUAGGGGGAAAGGGAGAGAAGGGCAGGGGGAAAGGGAGAGGAGGGCACGGGGAAAGGGAGAGGAGGGCAGGGGGAAGGGGAGAGGAGGGCAGGGAGAAAUGGAGAGGAGGGCAGGGGGAAAUGGAGAGGAGGGCAGGGGGAAAGGGAGAGGGGGGCAGGGGGAAAGGGAGAGAAGGCCAGGGCGAAAGGGAGAGGAGGGCAGGGGGAAGGGGAGAGGAGGGCAGGGAGAAAUGGAGUGGAGGGCAGGGGGAAAUGGAGAGGAGGGCAGGGGGAAAGGGGGAGGGGGGCAGGGGGAAAGGGAGAGAAGGGCAGGGGGAAAGAGAGAGGAGGGCAGGGGGAAAUGGAGAGGAUGGCAGGGGGAAAGGGAGAGGGGGGCAGGGGGUAAGGGAGAGAAGGGCAGGGGAAAAGGGAGAGGAGGGCAGGGGAAAAGCGAGUGGAGGCCAGGGGGAAACGGAGAGGAUGGCAUGGGGAAAGGGAGAGGGGGGCAGGGGGAAAGGGAGAGAAGGGCAGGGGGAAAGGGAAAGGAAGGCAGGGGGAAAGGGAGAGAAGGGCAGGGGGAAAGGGAGAGAAGGGCAGGGGGAAAGGGAGAGGAGGGCAGGGGGAAAGGGAGAGGAGGGCAGGGGGAAAGGGAGAGAAGGGUAGGGGGAAAGGGAGAGAAGGGCAGGGGGAAAGGGAGAGGAGGGCACGGGGAAAGGGAGAGGAGGGCAGGGGGAAGGGGAGAGGAGGGCAGGGAGAAAUGGAGAGGAGGGCAGGGGGAAAUGGAGAGGAGGGCAGGGGGAAAGGGAGAGGGGGGCAGGGGGAAAGGGAGAGAAGGCCAGGGCGAAAGGGAGAGGAAGGCAGGGGGAAAGGGAGAGGAGGGCAGGGGGAAAGGGAGAGGAGGGCACGGGGAAAGGGAGAGGAGGGCAGGGGGAAAGAGAGAGGAGGGCAGGGGGAAAUGGAGAGGAUGGCAGGGGGAAAGGGAGAGGGGGGCAGGGGGAAAGGGAGAGAAGGGCAGGGGGAAAGGGAGAGAAGGGCAGGGGGAAAGGGAGAGGAAGGCAGGGGGAAAGGGAGAGAAGGGCAGGGGGAAAGGGAGAGAAGGGCAGGGGGAAAGGGAGUGGAGGGGAGGGGGAAAGGGAGAGGAGGGCAGGGGGAAGGGGAGAGGAGGGCAGGGAGAAAUGGAGUGGAGGGCAGGGGGAAAGGGGGAGGGGGCAGGGGGAAAGGGAGAGAAGGGCAGGGGGAAAGGGAGAGGAGGGCAGGGGGAAAGGGAGAGAAGGGCAGGGGGAAAGGGAGAGAAGGGCGGGGGGAAAGGGAGAGGAGGGCAGGGGGAAAGGGAGAGGAGGGCAGGGGGAAAGGGAGAGGAGGGCAGGGGGAAAGGGAGAGAAGGGCAGGGGGAAAGGGAGAGAAGGGCAGGGGGAAAGGGAGAGGAAGGGAGGGGGAAAGGGAGAGGAGGGCAGGGGGAAGGGGAGAGGAGGGCAGGGAGAAAUGGAGAGGAGGGCAGGGGGAAGGGGAGAGGAUGGCAGGGAGAAAGGGAGUGGAGGGCGUGGGGGAAGGGAGAGGAUGGCAGGGAGAAAGGGAGUGGAGGGCAGGGAGAAAGGGAGUGGAGGGCAGGGGGAAAGGGAGAGGAGGGCAGGGGGGAAAGGGAGAGGAGGGCAGGGGGAAAGGGAGAGAAGGGCAGGGGGAAAGGGACUGGAGGCUAUAUGUAACAAUCACUGUGUUAUGAAUUGUGU